CUACUCGUCUCUUUCUCAGUUUUAUCACUCAUUCAGUUUUUAAAAUAUUUGAAGCAGCACCAUGCGUCUUCACCCGCUCCUAUCUCUCCUCCCCUUCCUCCCCCAAACCCUCGCCUCUUGCGAGCCCGAAAUCCCCUUUCUCCCACCAACCUACACCCCCACCUCCCUCACCCCGGUCUUCAAGGAAAUCACCACCGCCAUCAACUCCCUCAUCUCCAAUGGCAUCUUCAACAGCACCUCCUUCUCUGUAUCCAUCGCCUCCCGCGACACGCCCCUGUACUCAAUCAACCACGCCAGCCAGGAUACCUCCCUCCCCGUGAACGGAUCCACCGCGUACCGCAUCGCCAGUAACACGAAACUAUUCACCGCGUUGGGAAUUCUCCAAGAAGAGGCAGCUGGACGAUUGAGUCUGGAUGAUCGGAUUACGAAAUAUAUCCCUGCUCUGAGGGGCAAAGGGAAAGGGAAAGGGAAGAUCAAUUGGGAGGGAAUUACUCUCCGAACCUUAUUGGCGCAUUUGAGUGGGUUGCCGGAUGAUUAUGCAGAGGAUGAUUUGGUGCUGUCGUUGGCGGAUCCGACGGUGGUGGGGUUGCCUCCGGUGACAGCGGCCGAGGAGGCGGAGUUGCCGAGCUGUGAGGGGUUUUCGGAUUAUGAGGUGGCUUGUACGGCUACGGAUCUUCUCGAUUGGGUACAAGACGCAUCCCCGGUUUUCCCGCCCAGGGUAGAAGUCUCGUACAGCAAUGUGGGGUUUGAUCUGCUUGGCUUGGUAUUGGCGAAGAUCAGCAAUACCACGUAUGAAAAGUACAUUGAGAGAGCUAUUCUCCAACCCCUGAACCUAACCGGCACGUCUUUCACCCCGCCUGCCAGUGGCAUCGUCGUCGAGGAUAGUUACUGGGGUGUUGAUAUGGGGUCUGGAAAUCCAUCCGGCGGCUUAUACAGCACCCCCACCGACAUGAUCACCUUCCUGCAGCACGCCCUCACCCACGCAAACAGCAUCACGCCCGCCCUGAACUGGUUCCUCCCCGCGGCGUAUUCAUCCGGUUCGCACUCCUACCUCGGAUAUCCGUGGGAGAUCUUCCGCUCGCCGGCCAUCCUACCGAAUAGUACCCGGUCCGUGACGCUGAAUACCAAGAGUGGUGGGCUGAUCGGAUAUUACACCUAUAGCUUCAUCGUGCCGGUGUACGAUCUGGUGAUUUUCAUGGGCGUCGCGGGGGAUUUAACCGGGUUGAAUCAGUUGCUGGACACGGUGGUGGAUCCGGUGAUUGUGGGUGCGGAGGUAUUGGCGCAGGGGCAGCUGGCUGACACGUAUUCCGGGCGGUAUGUGUCCAGUGACACCGGGCUGAACUCGUCUCUCACCCUCAGUCACUCGAUGCAGCAAUCGCUGUAUAUCUCCGAGUGGGUGUCUAAUGGGACAGACGUCUUGGCUGCACUCAUCCCCCUGGUUGCUGACCAGGCGGGGACGGGCGAGAAUAUCUAUUUCCAGAUGAUGCCGACGUUUGAGACGCGCGUUGCUAAUGGCAGCGUCGGGGAGGUGUGGCGGUUGAUUAACGUGAUGGAGGGGAAUGGGGGCGAUACUGAAGUUCGGGGAAACGCAACCUCCAUUUGGGCGGAUUACUGCGUCUCAAAUAUCGAUCCGUUGAGUUAUGCGGGGUUGCCGUUGAAUGAGGCGGUUUUUUGGCGGGCUGGGAAUGACACUGCGGUGGCGGAGGUUGAAUUGUCGGCGUUUCGGGUGGUGUUGGCGAAGCAGUGAGCUGGUUCAGGGGUCUAUGUGUACGUAUGAUUCUUUAAUUGGACAGCGGAG